AUGGCAAUCAUCAUCCCGGCCAAGUCCCACCCCGAAGUUGUCGUCCAGGCCGUGGCUGCACGCAGUCGCGAGAGAGCCGAGGCAUUUGCGAAAUCGCAAGGCGUCCCAGAAGUAAAGAGCUCGUACCAGGAGAUUCUUGACGACCCGAAUAUCGAUGCGGUACUAGUGCCUCUUGCAAACGGCCUUCAUUUCGAGUGGGCGGUUCGUGCCCUGCGUGCUGGCAAGCAUGUCCUUCUGGAAAAGCCGUCUGUAUCAAAUUCAGAAGAAGCUGAAAUCCUCUUCAGCCUGCCAGAAAUGUCUGGUGGCAACGGUCCUAUUCUUAUGGAGGCCUGCCACAACCGCUUCCAUCCCUCCUGGAUUCUCUUCCAAUCCCUCAUCGAUCCAGUGGAUGUGGUUCAUUUCGAUACCGACUCGAUGAUCCCGUGGUGGGCUACCUCAAAAGAAGACAUUCACUUCAAUUUCAAUAUUGCAGGUGGCUGCAUCAUGGCGAUGGGCUGCUAUAGUUUCGCGGCCAUGCGUCACGUUUUCGGCUCCGAGCCAGUGGAGUGUACCGAAUGCACCACCAACCACUUCACUGACGGCGUUCAUGACAAGUGUGACUGGGCCUUUGAGGCCAAGUUCCGCUUCCCUAACGGCGGCAUCGGCGAGGCAAGGAGCACGCUGCGUGGCAAGACCGCUUGGAAGCCUUCGCACGUUCGCGUGAAGACCCGGCCGGUCCGCGUUCUUGACGCAACACUGCCCAAAACCCAGGAGAAGCUACGUGUCCGCGAGGUAACUCUUCAUGGCUACAUUCAGGCAGUAGCCUGGCACCGCAUCGAUGUUCUUGAUUCUUUCGAAAUCCGAAACAAGGACAACGGCCAGAUAACGAAGCAAUGGAGCGAGAGUUAUUUUCGCAAGGCUUACUCUUUUGCAGAAGCUGGCGGUGAAUAUCGUGACCUUCCUGGUGAAGUGUGGUGGAUGUCGUAUCGCUACCAGUUAGAGGAGUUUGUGAACCGCAUCAAAGGCCGCAAGGCAAGGUUCUGGAUUGACCACAGUGACUCUCUCAACAACAUGAAGAUGAUUGAUAUGGCUUAUAAGAAGAGUGGUUUGGGGCCGCGGCCUUCUUCUGGGUUUAAAUGGGAGUGA